UGUGACCUACAUUUAGUCAACAUGUCGAGUCCAAAAACGAAGAGGACCUUUUUAGGCUUCGAUUUCAGCACACAGCAGGUUAAGGCAAUGGUUAUUGAUGAUGCCCUGAAAGUGGUUUAUGAAACACAUAUCAAAUUUGACACUGACUUGCCAGAGUUCAGAACUCAUGGUGGGGUCCAUGUGACAGAGGACAAUGUGACAGUCACUGCACCCACGAUUAUGUGGGUUAAGACAUUAGACAUGCUGCUAGAGAAGAUGAAAAAAGAUGGAGUUGACUUCUCUACAGUUGCUGCCCUGUCUGGAUCUGGACAGCAACAUGGCAGUGUUUAUUGGAAGACGGGAGCAAGACGGGUUCUAUCUACACUACAGCCAAACCACACCCUAGCAGAACAGUUAAAGGAUUGUUUCAGUAUACCUGAUUCGCCUGUAUGGAUGGAUAGUAGCACUACUGAGCAGUGUCGACAGUUGGAAAAAGCACUAGGUGGACCACAGGCUUUAGCAGAUUUGACUGGUGCAAAAGCAUUUGAGCGAUACACAGGGAACCAGAUUGCCAAAAUAUACCAAACCAACCGAGGAGGCUAUGAUAACACUGAGAGAAUUUCCCUUGUGAGCAGUUUUGGAGCUUGUCUGUUUCUUGGUGAUUACGCCCCCAUUGACAGCAGUGAUGGCUCUGGCAUGAACUUGAUGAAUAUAAGAACAAGAGUCUGGGAUCCUGACUGUUUAAAAAUCUGUGGAGGUGAAACUUUGGAGAAGAAACUAGGGCAGAUUGUUCCAUCACUUACCAAUGUGGGUCCCAUUUCCAGCUACUUUGUGGACAGAUAUGGCUUCUCCCCUGACUGCAGAGUUAUUGUAUUUACUGGGGAUAAUCCAGCAUCCCUGGCUGGAAUGACCUUGACCCAAGGAGCCAUUGGGGUCACCCUGGGUACCAGUGACUGUGUCUUUCUGUGGCUUGUAGAACCUAAGCCGAACACUCAGGGUGUCAUCUUCUCCAACCCAGUACAAACCAGUGACUACAUGGCACUUUUAUGCUUUAAAAAUGGCUCCUUAACGAGAGAGGGAAUCCGAGACAAGUGUGCUGAUGGAUCUUGGGAAAAGUUUGACCAACUUCUUGAACUGACACCAAAGGGAAAUAAUGGCAAUAUUGGUAUGUACUUUGAUGUUCAGGAGAUUACUCCCUCCAUAUCAGGGGUACAUAGAUUCACAGCAGACAAUCAGAAGGUUUCUUCAUUCUCUGAUGCAAUAGAAGUGAGAGCUGUGCUAGAAGGGCAGUUUUUAUCCAGAAGAACCCAUGCUGAGAAUUUGGGGUUUGCUCUAGGACCUAGUUCCAAAAUCCUGGCAACAGGAGGCGCUUCAGUCAACAAAUCUUUUCUGCAGGUGAUAGCAGAUGUGUUUGCAUCUCCAGUCUAUACACUGGAUGUGGCCAAUUCAACUUGCCUUGGUGCUGCUUAUAUGGCUAAGCAUGGCUGGCUAGGUGGGGACAAAGUGGUCAGUUUUGACGAGGUGGUCAAGGGGGCUCUGGACUAUGUCCUUGCAGCAGAGCCAGACACAAGUGUCACAGAGAUGUAUAACACAAUGGCUGAUAGAUACAGAAGAUUGGAACAACAGAUUGCAAAGGAACAGGGAGCAGACUACUAAAGUCACUGACAGCAGGACCCAUUUCACAACAAAAACCUCGUCUUUCACUGGAAUUAAUUUGGUCCAGGUUAAUUCUGUAAUAAUUCGCUAAUAAUGCCUUUUGUUUUUGGUCAAUAUCCUCAUUUUAGGAGACAGUUUUUAUUUAUCCCAAACAAGCUCAAAUUUUCUGUUUUUUAGUUCAUACCAGCUUAUGGCUAUUUUUUUUCUUUAUGUGUGCAUGUGUCUAAUGACAUUUCAACUUUAUUGGAAGUGCUUUAUACCAAAUAUAACACUUCGUGGUGUCAUUACUGAAAUGGUGUCCAAACUAGGCGGUCUCUUUUGGACCGCAGAUAAUUAUGUUGAAACAUUGAGAUAAAAUAUCUGACUAUUGAUAUGAUACAGUUAUCUCUGGAUAAGGAAGAGAGUGCAUUUAUUACAUUAUAUUAUAUGUUCAUAAUAUUUUAAUUGUUAAUUGAAAGUAUUACAGUAGGCCAUAUUCAAGGGGAAAAACAAUUUAAAAAAUGCACUCCAUAUAUAUAUAUAUGAAACUGCUAAUUGCACUUCCAUGUUGAUUUCUAUUGAGAUGUGUCUAGAAAUAUUUAUGUGGCAAUAACCUAUUACUGACCCAUCAAGACAGAUAUUAAGUAAUUUGGUAGAAGACAUUUUUCUUUUUACAGGGAAAACUGACAUUAAGUCAAUGUUGGUUACUAUGAUGUAAAGGCUCUCAUAUGAGAAAGAGGUUACUGGAAACCAUUUUUUAUGAAUUUAAACACUGCCAUAGGGAAAAAUAUUAGAUGUUAGAUGCUAAAUUAACUUACUGACACAAGAUCAAAUAUAUUGUUAUAAUUAUAUUAUCAUAUGCUUAUAAACAAGAUCAAUGGUCUAUUUUCAAUGAUGUAUUUUUAGAUGUAAGAUGUCAUAUGAUACACAUUUCUGACAUACGCUCCUAAAGUUAUGUCAGAAGGAUAUUAAUCAGGGACUAAUUAACUUUGGUUUUGAUUACACUUACAAUAAGGAGCAAAACUAUAUGUAUAUAUUUAUAUAAUUGAGCUUUUUUAAACAUUUCAGUAAUUUAUCUUUUUGUGAAAGGAUUAUGUAUCAAACAAUUCAGAUUUACAAUAGUAGUUUCAUUUCCGCAAUUCAACUUGAUAUGAUUUAAAUGUAUGCCAUUGUGAUUACCAAAAAUAUUGAAUUAUAAAUGAUGUCAAUAAAUUUAGUUCAUUUUGCAGGCUGUGUGCAACAGCAUGCCAUGUAAUACUCUGUCAAAGUAAACUGCAAAUGCAAUAUUCAUAUCAGUUAAUUUCAUUUCUUUAAUGACCAAGCUUUGCUUUCAACGUGUUAAACCUAAUCUCUCAUACUUUGCCCCCUUCCUAUAGGGAUUUCCCCUUCCAUUGGGAUUUUGAAUUGAAAUGGAUAUGACAGAGAAAAAGUAGUUACAACUCAAUUCAAAUCUGAUCCCAAAACUUUUAACUUAAAUUUCUUAGUGUGUCUUUACAUAAAGUGCUUGUCCGUCAAUUCUUGUAUACCACGACUAUACAAGGC